AAGAACGAAACAAACAUGUCUGGACGUGGUAAGGGAAAGAAGGCUAAGGGGAAGAGCCGAUCCUCCCGUGCAGGGCUUCAGUUCCCUGUCGGCCGUGUGCACCGUUUCCUGCGCAAGGGCAACUAUGCCAACCGCGUCGGUGCCGGCGCCCCAGUCUACCUGGCCGCCGUGCUGGAGUACCUGACCGCUGAGAUCCUCGAGUUGGCCGGCAACGCUGCCCGUGACAACAAGAAGACCAGGAUCAUCCCCCGUCACCUUCAGCUGGCCGUCCGUAACGACGAGGAGUUGAACAGGCUGCUGGGUGGUGUGACCAUCGCCCAGGGAGGUGUGCUGCCCAACAUCCACUCAGUACUCCUCCCCAAGAAGACCGCCGCUAAGAAGUAAAUAUUACGGCUCUCGACAGUCCCCCGGCCCUUUUCAGGGCCACCUCAAUGUUCACAAAAGAGCUAUAAUAGUUAAUCACUUC